GCCCGCUCGCCCGCCUCCCCGCUUCUUCCUGCCGCCCCGGACCCCGCCGCCAUGUCCGUGCUGGGCCAGUACGAGCGACACUGCGACUCCAUCAACUCCGACUUCGGGAGCGGGAGCGGCCCCGACCCCGACCCUCAUCCCCGCCCCGGCUCCGGCCCCCGCCCCGGGCCCGGCGCCGAGCAGGAGGAGCUGCACUACAUCCCCAUCCGCGUCCUCGGCCGCGGAGCCUUCGGGGAGGCCACGCUCUACCGCCGCACCGAGGAUGACUCACUGGUGGUAUGGAAGGAAGUGGAUCUGACCCGAUUGUUGGAGAAGGAGCGUCGUGAUGCCCUGAACGAGAUUGUGAUUCUGGCUCUCCUGCAGCAUGACAACAUUAUUGCCUACUACAAUCACUUCAUGGACAACAGUACCCUGCUCAUUGAACUGGAGUACUGCAAUGGAGGAAACCUAUAUGACAAAAUUCUGCGUCAGAAGGACAAGUUGUUUGAAGAAGAGAUGGUGCUCUGGUACCUGUUUCAGAUUGUAUCAGCAGUGAGCUGCAUCCACAGAGCUGGGAUCCUUCACAGAGACAUAAAGACAUUAAAUAUUUUCCUAACCAAAGCAAACCUGAUCAAACUAGGAGACUAUGGGUUGGCAAAGAAACUUAAUUCUGAAUACUCCAUGGCUGAAACGCUUGUGGGAACCCCAUACUACAUGUCUCCAGAACUCUGCCAAGGGGUGAAGUACAAUUUCAAGUCUGACAUCUGGGCAGUGGGCUGUGUUAUCUUUGAGCUGCUCACCUUGAAGAGGACUUUUGAUGCUACGAACCCCCUGAACUUGUGUGUCAAGAUUGUUCAGGGGAUCCGGGCCAUGGAGGUUGAUUCCAGCUUAUAUUCUCUAGAGCUGAUCCAGAUGGUCCAUACCUGUCUUGAUCAGGACCCUGAGAAAAGGCCCACUGCUGAUGAACUUCUCAACCGCCCUCUUCUCAGGAAACACAGGAGGGAGAUGGAAGAAAAAGUCGCACUGCUUAAUGGACCAACCAAAAGACCAAGGUCCAGUACUGCGAAUGAAACGCCCAUUGCUGUGGUGACCUCUCGCACGAGUGAGGUGUAUGUUUGGGGAGGUGGGAAAUCCACUCCUCAGAAGCUGGAUGUCAUCAAGAGUGGCUGCAGCGCCCGGCAAGUGUGUGCAGGCAAUACCCACUUUGCCGUAGUUACGGUGGAGAAAGAGCUGUACACCUGGGUGAAUAUGCAAGGGGGUACCAAGCUCCACGGGCAGUUGGGCCAUGGAGACAGAGCCUCGUAUCGGCAGCCAAAGCACGUGGAGAAGUUGCAGGGCAAGGCCAUUCAUCAGGUGUCCUGUGGAGACGACUUUACAGUCUGCAUCACCGAUGAGGGCCAGCUGUAUGCCUUUGGCUCAGAUUACUACGGUUGCAUGGGGAUGGACAAGGUUGCUGGGUCUGAGGUGCUGGAGCCUAUGCAGCUGAAUUUCUUCCUUAACAAUCCAGUGGAGCAGGUCUCCUGUGGUGAUAAUCAUGUGGUGGUUCUGACCCGAAACAAAGAAGUCUAUUCAUGGGGUUGUGGGGAAUACGGACGACUGGGCUUGGAUUCAGAAGAGGAUUUUUAUACUCCACAGAAGGUGGAUGUUCCCAAGGCCUUGGUAAUUGUCUCCGUUCAGUGCAGUUGUGAUGGGUCAUUUCUUUUGACUCAGUCUGGCAAAGUGUUAGCCUGCGGACUCAACGAAUUCAACAAACUGGGACUGAAUCAGUGCAUGUCCGGAAUCAUCAACCAUGAAGCUUACCAUGAAGUUCCCUACACAACCUCACUAACUCUGGCUAAGCAGUUGUCUUUUUACAAGAUCCGUACCAUUGCCCCAGGCAAGACUCAUACUGCAGCUAUUGAUGAACGGGGCCGUCUGCUGACCUUUGGUUCCAACAAGUGUGGGCAGCUAGGAGUCGGGGACUAUAAGAAGCGCCUGGGAAUCAAUCUUCUGGGGGGGCCCCUUGGUGGGAAGCAGGUGAUCAGGGUUUCGUGUGGUGAUGAGUUUACCAUAGCUGCUACGGAUGAUAAUCACAUUUUUGCUUGGGGAAACGGAGGGAACGGCCGCCUUGCAAUGACCCCUACGGAGAAACCUCACGGCUCUGAUAUCUGUACCUCGUGGCCUCGGCCUAUUUUUGGAUCCCUGCAUCAUGUCCCGGACCUGUCUUGCCGAGGCUGGCACACCAUUCUCAUUGUUGAGAAAGUGUUGAACUCUAAGACUAUCCGUUCCAACAGUAGUGGCUUGUCCAUUGGAACCGGGGCACAGAGCUCCACUCAAGGUGGCAAUGGUAGUGGCGAAGAGGAGGAAACCCAACGGGUGUCCGAGACCCCUGACCCAAGCGGCGGCUUCCGGGGUACCAUGGAGGCGGACCGGGGCAUUGGGGGUUUGUUGAGCCCCCCCGAGGCCAUGGGGGUCAGCAGCGUGGGUAGCAGCUCCUGCCCGGGCUGGCUGCGGAAGGAGCUAGAAAAUGCCGAGUUCAUCCCCAUGCCUGACAGUCCUUCUCCCCUGAGUGCUGCUUUUUCCGAGCCUGAGAAAGAAACCCUCCCUUACGAGGAGUUGCAAGGCCUCAAAGUAGCCUCAGAAGCUCCUGCAGAAUGCAACAAGCCUACCACGGAAGCCUGGCCCCCCCGGCUGACCCCAGCUCCGGGGUGUGUAGGGAAAGGAGUGCCUCCAGCUGCAGCCUGUGUGUGCAGCUCUCUGCAGGUGGAAGUGGAGCGGCUAAGGGGACUGGUGUUGAAGUGCUUGGCUGAACAGCAGCUGCUGCAAGAGGAGAACCUUCGAAUCUGUUCCCAGCUCCAGAGACUUCAAAAGGGAAUGGAAGGAACGCAGCAGCUGGAGACUCAUUCCAGAAGAACCCAGACGGCAAAGGAAGAGAUGGAAACAGAUACAAAGCCCGACUUGGAUUCAGAUUCCUGGUGCCUCCUGGGAACAGACUCCUUGCGAUCCGGCCUCUAGUCUCUUGAGCUUGUGCACCUCCAAUAACUUGGGAUCCAUACUACUUCACAGCACGCUAACUGAACGCAGAGAGCGGCUUUGUUGCUUCAGUUCACUGGCAGAAAGGGAGCAAGGCAGGAGGCUCCAAAAGGCCUCCGGGAACGUUUGGAGGGAAACGACUCCUUUCAGAGAAGGAUUAGGAGUGGGUAUUGGUUUUGGGGGGUUUACUUGUUGCGGGGGGUGGGGAAGGGGCGUCGUUUCUCGUCGUGUUUUUUUUUCUUAUGGUCGUUUUGAGAGGGGAACGACUGUGAGGCCCGGGAUUUUUCUGCAGCAGCCCCUUCCCCAUGGCAGCGGCGGCUCCGCAACUCAACUGUCGAUCCCACCGUCAGAGGCAAAUGUACCCCGUGGCUUGAUUUUGCUACUCCCUGGGAGCUGCCCUUGGGAACUUCACGGCGGUCUCUUCUACCUCUUGGUGUGGGAGGGGAAAGUGGAAAGCCUGAAGUAACUUGUCAGGAACUGGGGGGUGGGGCUGGGGCUGGGCUCCAGGCCUCCCCCAGCCAACCAAACAGCGGGGAAGGAUACUCUGCCAUCACCAGACAUUGUGGCCGUUGACGGGAGCACUGAGACUAGGGAAACGAUUCUCGAGAGUCACCCUGGGAGUUACUGUCUGAAGCCCAAAAUCCUCAGGGCACCCUGAGUGCUGGACGGGAAGGGGAAGAAAAGGGACUUAGAGUGCUGUUCUUCCGGAAUUCAGUUGAGGCUCCUCUGGUGGAGUAGGGGAGGGAGGAUGGGAUCCUCCUUGAUUGGCAGUUGCACCCCUGAGACAUUUGGACAAAGAUUCAGGCGUUGGUUGGGAUGGAAGGGACUUUACAGUAUCAGAAGAUGGCCGGGCUCUCUGAGGCGAUGUCUCCCGUUUCAGGAGCUGAGCCGGGGCGGCUGGGGAGGAAGACCUCAAGACUGAGGCGGUCCCUCUAGCACCUCCAAGCAAAGUUGGCAUUUGGGUAUGCGGAUUCCCCUGGCUGUCCAAGAUUGGGUUUUCUUGGAGGAUGCCUGGAGCCUCCCCAGACUUCCUCCUAAAGGGAGGCCCUUCCCGGGCUCUGCUACUAUGGCUGCUUCUCUUUCAGGCCCGACACCAGCGACACCACCCUCUGCCUCAGUGUGUCUUGUCAGUAUUUUAUUUUCCUUUGGGGUUUUACAAAGCCAAGUCCUGCCUAGCGAGUCUACAGCUUUUCUUCCCUGGCCAUUGCUGAAUCUGCCCCUCCCUGAGGCAUCGGAAGUGCAGCCUAGGCUGAGUGAAGCUUGCCAAGUGGAGGGAGAUGAACCAGCGACAGCCCGGGACCCAGAGAAGCCUUCCCCUAUCCUGCUGUUCACCUGGCUUUGGAUCCGGACUGCCAGUCCUGACGAGGGCCCACGUAGUCUCAAUUUUUGCACCCCGAAACUCAAAGGCAGCCCGAACCUAGAAGCUAUAUUUAGGAGGCGACCAGUUCUCUUUUAAGAGUUGUAGGUGAGAGGGAGAUGCCAAGGGGGCUCUUGCCUCACAUCUCAAGUAGCCUGAGGGGUUUGUUUAGAAUGAGAUGGGUAAGUACGUGGUCUCUGCUCAGAACAGUGCUGGUAAUGAUGCUGCCCGCCAUGGGAUUUGGUCAGCUGCGUCAGUGCAGAUUUGAUUUGGGGGCGGAUUUGCCCGCCCCCGUCCCUUUCGCUCUCCUAGGCGCCACGUGGGUGGGCCCAGGAAGUCGGGACCACAUAGGAAACCUGAGUAUUGCUCCCUCCACGGCGAGGAAGGAAUUGGUCACGUUGCUGAGACUGAGAAGUAAGUGAGCGUGGAAGAGUUUAGGAGUCAUGCUGGGUCUCGAAAUGGUUUUCCCAGCAGCCAUCACAAUGGUCGUUGUCUUCCAGCAGCCUGUCUGCUGCGGUUGAGAAGCCCGGCCUAGCUCAGGCUUCCUUUGCAUCUGGCUGAGAGCUCAAGCCCUUGGAUGCAACAGGAAGAGGAUGUCUUGUGCUUCCCUCCCUGAUGCAUGUCUUAAAACAGUUUGCACUUACCCAAAGUGUGCCUGGGAGAAGCUGAUGACCUAAGCAUCAGCCCGCUAUGCAAUCAGAAAUCUGUUCAAACUUGGCAGCCAAGUGCUGGAUGAAGAGGAAAGUGUGAACAGGCAUAAGUGCCUUUGGAUGGUCUUUUGCAGCCAAUCCCAUUUUUAUUUUGUCCUGCUUUUUAUUUCCCCUCCUCUCCUGCCUCCAGUGCUAGUUAGUGUUUUGUAAUUUUCCCAGUAGGAUUGCUUUGGAAUGAUAACCCUCUGCUUUGACACUUUUGCCAAAGAAUUAGCCAUACUUCUUGUUUGUUCGUUUAUUUGAAGGGGUCUGGGUGGAGUGGUUUGGCGUUUCUGUUAAAUAAACAUUUAAACUCCUG